AUGACCGACGACAAAGAGAAGAAGGAACAAGAAGCGUCUUUUGUUACAAGGUCGAUGGAUAGGUUUCUUGAAAAGCAAACUGCUGAAUCAAUCAGACAAACAAUGCAAGCCCAAGAAGAUAUUUUUAAGCAACAGGUACGAGAGCUGCAUAGAGUAUAUAAUACACAGAAAAUGAUGAUGGACCAACUCAAACACAGAAGCCAAUAUUGGACUAAUAGCAACAAAGACCAAACCGGCACAAGAGAGAGAACCGGGAGCUGUUCAGGCGUAGACCUCGAGAAUAUGGUUAGAGCCGCAAAAGCCACGACGACGGAUCAUAUCGACGAGAGCGAACUAGAAUUGACAUUGAGCAUUGGAAUGUCUUCUUCAUCAACAAACAAGGACAUGGACUACUCGUCCACGACGUCGUUGAGAUCAUCAUCGGAUAAUUGUAAUAAUCAGAGCAAUAAUAAUAACAAUAAUAACAGUAAUAACCAAGAGAGUAGCGGUCCAAACACGCCAAUGAGUAGCUCAAGUACGACGUCGUUGGAUCGAGAGAAGAAGAGACCUCAUUGGCUCUUUCAAGGACUUAGUAUUAACCGAACCUCUUGA